AUGAGCUCCAGACGGGAGCUGGCGAGGACCGCCUCGUCGAACCUCCGCACAGGCGCCACCGGUCGUGCGAGCUUGCGCCCGACAACGACGCGAACUUCCAACUUGCGCUAUCAGAAUGGCCCUUCCAAAGUCGACAGAAGCCGCGCGACCUCACCUGCCGAGUCGAUCGCAUCCACCGCCACGACUGCGACGAAGCGCAAGGAGCGUGACUUCGAGUACGAGGGGUCUACUGCCGGAGAGACCAACAUCAGUGUUGUCGUAAGAUGCAGAGGCCGCAACGAGCGCGAAGUUCGCGAAAACAGUGCUCAAGUUGUCCGCGCCGAUGGCGCAAAGGGCGAGAACGUCGAGUUGUCUCUCGGCGCCAAUGCCCUCAGCAACAAAACAUACAACUUCGACCGCGUCUUUUCUGCUGCGGCCGACCAGACCAUGGUUUUCGACGAUGUCGUCAAGCCCAUCUUGGAAGAGAUGCUCGCUGGUUUCAACUGCACAAUUUUCGCCUACGGCCAAACAGGUACUGGCAAGACAUACACCAUGUCCGGAGACAUGACCGAGACUCUUGGCCUCCUGAAUGACAACGCCGGCAUCAUCCCGAGAGUCCUCCACGCCUUGUUUAACAAACUCGAAGUCGAUGAUACCGAGAGCUGUGUCAAGUGCUCCUUCAUCGAGCUUUAUAACGAAGACCUGCGCGAUCUGAUCUCCGUCGAGGAGGACCGUCAGAAGCUGAAGAUCUACGACGACACAUCGAGAAGGGGACACGCGACCACAGUCGUUCAGGGCAUGGAGGAGCGACACAUCAGGACCGCCUCCGAGGGCAUCAAGGUUCUUCAGGAUGGAAGCUUGAAGCGCCAAGUUGCGGCGACCAAGUGCAACGACCUCAGCAGUCGAAGUCACACCGUUUUCACCAUCACUGCUUACGUCCGCAAGAAGGGCGAAGACGGCGAGGAGGAUUAUGUCAGUGCCGGCAAGCUGAACCUGGUGGAUUUGGCCGGUAGCGAAAACAUCCAAAGAUCCGGUGCGGAGAACAAGCGCGCUGCCGAGGCAGGCCUGAUCAACAAGAGUCUUUUGACCCUCGGCAGAGUCAUCAAUGCCCUGGUCGACCGCAGCCAACACAUUCCCUACAGAGAGUCGAAGCUCACACGACUCCUGCAAGACUCUCUGGGCGGUCGCACGAAGACAUGCAUCAUCGCGACGAUAUCGCCCGCCAAGAGCAACCUCGAGGAGACGAUAUCAACACUUGACUACGCCUUCCGCGCCAAAAACAUUCGCAACAAGCCCCAACUCAACGCCAUGAUCAAUAAGAAAAUGCUACUUAGGGAUUUCGCGACUGAGAUCGAGAGGCUGAAGAGCGAGCUGAUUACGACUCGGCAGCGCAACGGCGUCUACCUCUCCAACGAGUCCUACGAAGAGAUGACGGCACAGAGCGAAUCGCGACGCAUCGUGGUGGAAGAGCAAGCGGCCAAGAUGGAGACCCUCGAGAAUAACCUCAAGAACAAGGUUCAGGAGCUUUUCGCUUUGACUUCCAGCUUCAUGGGCUUGAAGAAGGACCAUGAGGGUACUAAGGCAGAACUGGACCAGACGAAUGGUGUUCUCGAUCAGACAGAGCUCGUCCUCGCGGCUACGCGUAAGAGCCUGGCUGAGGAGACGCACUUGCGGAAGGCUCACCAAGAGACUGAGGAGAAGUUGGUCAAUGUUGGCGGUGAACUCAUUGCCACCCUGCAGAAGACUGUGCACGACGUCGAUGGGCUUCGGGCCAAGAACAAGCGCAAGUCUGACCUCCAGUCCAUCAACCGAAGCGCUUGGGGCACUGCUCAGGCCGAGGUUGCUGAGGUCACAUCCCUAGUGGAGCAAAGAGUGCAGAGCUUCCAGAGCAGGCAGCGGGAGAGUAUCACCGGCAUCUCCGAACGCAUGAAUGUCUUCGUUAGCGAAGAGCUGAAAAAGCUGUCUGACACUCAGAAGUUCUUGGACGAGCAAUUGGAGUCUUUCACCGAGUCGAAAAAGGAGCUCCUGGAGCAAAAGGAAAAGUCCAAGGAUGAAAUGGACGAUGUACUCGAGGAGAUCAAGGUCAUCCGGGACACCGUCAAGCAGCAAGUCGGCGAAGGCCUUCAGGCGAUUGCUGGCGCUGCCGAGCGCAUCGCGGCGGAUGUCCUCAGCGAACUUGACACUUUCCACAACCAGUUGCACUCUUCUUACAGCUCUCUGGGCAAGGAGUUCAAGAGCAUCUUUGAGGAACUCAUGAGACACAUUACCGAGCAGAGAAGUGAAUCUGAUAGACUCAGACAGCAACUCCAGGACGCGACCGAUACUGUCGUUGAGCAAAAUGCCAAUAUCUCCGCUCAGAUGCAACAGGUGCUUGACGAGGAGAGGAAGCAAGCCGCGAAGGACCGCCAAAACCUUCUGGCUCAAAUCACCACUCUUAUCAACGCUCAGGCCGAAACCCAGGAGACUCGUCUGGCUGAGAAGACCUCCCAGUUGCAGAAGAGUGUCCUGGACUCAAACACUGCUCUCCAAGGCAGUGUUGCUCAGUACUCUGAGGAUAUGACAGCGUGGGACUCGAAGGAGGGCCAGCUUCUGGAGGAAGUGGCCAAGUCCCGUGACACCAUGAAGAACAAGUUGAAGGAUGACUGGACCACUGCGAACGAUCACAGCACCGCCAUCCAGGCGACCACGAAGUCUGUCCACGCCGAGACUGUCCGCGUUGUCGACGAGCAGCUCAAGGACCUCGACGUCCAGAUGGAGGCACUGGACGACUUCGUCACCCGCGCGCGCUCCGAGAACGCCUCCCAUCACGAGCGUCACGGCGAGUCCAUGCAAGGCUUGUCUUCAACCGUCGAGCAGUCCUUUGGUAACAUCUCAAACCACUUCAAGGUUACCUUUGACCGUGUCAAGGACCUUGGCGAGGAGAUGGAGACCGAGACCGAGGAGAUGCAGGAUGGUCUUGAGCCUCUGACGCAGGAUCUGUGCAAGCCGUUGAGCAAUCUCCGUGAGGACAUCGAAGUCACGACCAUCCAGGAGUACCGACCCACGGGCGAGACCCCGAUGAAGGUUCAGUACCAGUACCCGACCAAGCUUCCCCGAACCGACGCACACGAAUCCCUCCUGGCCAAUCUCAAGGACGAGUCCACUCCGACCAAGCCCGUCAGCGACUCGAUGGUCUUCCCCGACAUCGAUCAGAGUGACAUCCACCGCUCGCCCCCGGUGCGCCAGUCGACCCGUAUGUCGACCCUCAGCAUGAUUUCGGAGAUGCCCCCUUUUACAAUGAGUCUGCGCGAAGUCAACCCUAACACGACUAGCAACCUUACCUUCGACCCCUCGGCGAGCAUGAUGUCCAUCAACGAAAACACGGCUCCCCUCUUGUUCAACAAGCGCACCUCGACCAGAGGCGCGCAGAAGGGACCCCGUAAGCAGACUAGCCUUCUGCCCUUGGAGGGACGGGAGAACAUGCCCCCCACUUCAUUCUCACAGAGCAUGGGACCUAAGAGGAAGAGCCCCCGCUUGAACUGA